AUGCUGAGUCACGAACUGUGCAUGCGCACACGCGACCCCUCCGCGGGUGACAACGCAGAUGCCGCCGGAUUGGUUCAUCAUGUCUCCUGCUUCGUCUGCUCCAUCUGUUCCCUUCCGCUGGCAGCCGGUGAGCCCUAUACCUACCAUCCCACCACCGGGGCGCUAGUCUGCAAAGCCGACUUCCUCCGUGGCCUG